ACCCCCAAUUUGGCCUUGAAGCUUUGAAGAUCACAUACACAUCGUGGCAUCUCUCACAUUGGGCCACUCAACCACCAUUGUUCCAAGCAUCCGUUCUGUCGAUAAAGAAACAUGGCAGACAAGCCUCUUCCGCGUUCGAUCUUCCCGUUGCCCCAAGAAUGUCUGACCCCACGUAUCCCGCCUUUCCAAUCCUGACUUUCUUUGCUGCUGUACUCGUCCUCAUUCCACUACCAUGGCAUCUCCAAUCUCUGAACGCAGGGACAUGCCUCUUCAUGAUUUGGACCGCCAUAGCCUGUAUCAACUUGGGUAUCAAUUCGAUUAUCUGGCAUUCCAACGCAAUUGACUGGGCCCCGGUAUGGUGUGACAUAUCGUCACGUAUCAUAGUGGCGGUAGCCGUUGCGAUACCUGCAGCUUCUUUCUGUAUCAACCGCAGACUAUAUAUGAUUGCGACUAUUCAAACUGUCAGCAUUACACGGGCGGAGAGACAUCGCGCGGUUAUUAUUGACCUGCUCAUCGGAAUUGGUAUUCCGCUACUUCAGGUCGUCAUGCAAUAUGUCGUUUCUGGACAUAGAUAUGAUAUCUUUGAGGAUAUUGGCUGUUAUCCUUUCACAUAUAAUGUCACGCUAGCAUACCCUCUUUCAGUGGUUUGGCCUAUCGUUAUUGGCCUUGCUUCGGCCGUGUACUGUGUUCUCACCCUGCGCGCCUUCUCCAAACGUCGAGCUCAAUUCAGCGAGUUCCUUUCUUCGAAGACUUCCCUGAGCCCUAACCGUUAUUUUCGUCUAAUGGCCCUCGCCACUACCGAACUCCUGUGUACUACACCGAUAUCUCUCUACGGCAUGAUCCUCAACCUAACUGCUUCUCACGUUCAUCCUUGGAUCAGUUGGGAGGAUACCCAUUCCAAUUACUCCAAGGUUGCGCAAUAUCCUGCGCUUCUGUGGCGUAUGGACCGGUCAUCUGUCAUUGGUUUCGAGAUGACUCGUUGGGCCCCAUUUGCCUGUGCCUUAGUUUUCUUCGCAUUCUUUGGUUUUGCCGAUGAAGCGAGACGGAACUAUCGCCAAGCAUUGUCAGCGAUUGCAAAGCUUCUCCGUAUCCGUACAUUCUAUUCAUGGCGGUCCGCGCCAUCCAAAGUGGAAAGCCUUCCUUCAUUCGUCGCUUCGCCUCUACCCCCGUAUACUCCGUCACCGUCAAAAAGUAGAUUUCGUCUGCUCAUGUCAUCGUCAUCAUACUCAUCCACUACCAAGACAGACUCCUACAAUCCGAGUCUGGAAUUGCCUGUAUUCGAAAUCUGCAAGUCAGAUUUGUCUGCUCAAGAAAGCAUUCCCGAAACUCCUUCGACAUCAUCUUCUCACACUUUUAUAUUAUCACCGCAUAACGACCAAAUUUCACCGAUGCCUAGUGGCGAUCAUCGACCCUCAAUAAGUCUAGGAAAUCUUCCUGCAGAAGCACGAUAGGAAUUAUCAUUUUUUCUUCUCUUCAUCUCGCAUAUUCGUUUCGUUCGUCGCACCAUUUUAAGCCUUAUUCAUAUGUCGUACAAUUAUUGGCUUGUUCUGUACUUUUCUUCAUCUAUUUCAGUCAACAUUCAAUCGAACGCUAGACCCCGUCGUGUACCUGCCGUUGCG